AGCGAAAAAUGGGCAGAGCUUCAAAAAUAUUAGGCAUCGAAAGGUCCAGCCCAACCGUAUUUUGACGCACUUUCUGUUUGACUGCGAUUAAGCGUCGCAGCACAGAGCUAUCGGCACGUGACCGUUGACACUGAGCAAUCUUGACGUCGCGGUUUCAAAGCUGCAGUUUCACGGAGUGGCAAGAUAUCGUGGACUCUCGUUUGCAUCUCAUUGCAUUGAGACAAAAUGCGCAUCUCGCGUAUCAUUGCCAGUUCACCGGCGCUCGUCGUAUCGCGUUUCUAACGCGCGUCUAACUCGACGUUUGAAGACGCAGAUAAUGCGAACAGCAGCGCGGAAAAAGGGGGAGAAUAAGAGGCAAAGUUAAAACAGCGGCCGGAGCCUCCUCGCGACGCUAGUCGCGAAUUGCGCUGUCAAAGUGCCGUGCAAAAUCCCACCCGGCGCGGUGCAUAAGGCGGCGGCGUUACUGCAAAAAAGCGAAAGAAAAGGAGGAAGAACGAGGGUUUGACGUCGUCUUCGGGUUUACGCACGUGUUACGAUUUCACCCACGUCACGCCGAUGCCGUCGCGUUCUUGGCGAACGUGCUCCGAUUGCGUCUCGCUCUAUCAGCGCUAAGGCUCACACACUGAUCGUAGAUCGAACGCCACGUCAUUUGUUCGUAACAAAAACCAAGCCGUUAUGAUCUGUUUACCCGAUGCCGUUGCAUUUCGAAGUGCAUUCUGCGCGUUGCCGAGCAGCGAUAAGGAAAACUGGCUUAUCUGCGAAUUGAAUUUGCAUGAACGAGUCAUAGUCGGCGCGAGGCCUAACCGACAGUUCUCUCCCUACUAUGAUAUAAAAUAGCGACGCUUUACAACGUAAUGACAGUUAAUGCUUGAACAUAUACGCGAGCGAACGUUAGGAAGUAGAAAACACACGUACACGCUCUUACAUCGAAGAUAGAACGCAAAGCCGACGGUGCCGAGUAAUGAUAAGCCUAAGAGAGAGAGCCCCGAGGUAUACGAUAUUGACGACUAAACGUCCAAUCUACAUAAAAGAGGACUCAACCCCAGUUUCCAAGAAACUUCAGCAAAUACGCACAAUGAAAACGCAAUCGGCGCUCGACACGCUCCCCGUUAAAAAUCUGGACGUAUUGUUGAUGCAAGCGUACGGCCCCAAUUUUCGAAUACACAAUGUGGAAUGGAAGCACCUAACGGAUCCGGGUGAGAACUUCGGCAGCAUAAUACUGGCCGUGACUGUCGGCGCCGAGCAGAAUGAUAAGAAGAGAACGCUGAACGUCGUCGUGAAGCUGCCGCCGAGAUCGGCGUACUUGCUAGAUUUGUUCGACAGCCCGCUAACGUUCAAGAAGGAGCUGGAGUUUUACAGCCUGGUGGCGCCGGAAUUUUUGAAGCUGCAAAACGAAUGCGGGAUCCCGCGGGAAGCCCUGAGCGUCAUCGUGCCGCAAUUUGUAGGCGGGCGAUUAGGUCUACGGGAUCCGCAGCGUUUCGACGAGCAGGCCGCCAUCGUUUUAGAAAAUCUCAAGAGUCACAAUUACAUGACGCAGGACCGUAUCGCAGGCCUGGACAAGGAGCACAUGUAUUUCGCGAUCAGCCACUUGGCCAAGCUGCACGCCGUAACGAUCGGUCUGAAGCUGAAAAAGCCCGAAUUCUUCAAAAAAACGGUGCUACCCGGUCUGGAGCUCGCCAUAAACGAGGCCGCGGAAAAAGGCGUGGUGGACAUGGUAGAGAAAGCGCACAACGACUACAAAAGUAUAAAAGGAGCGGAAGCUUAUCUGGAUAGAAUAGAGAGAACGAUCGAAUACGGAUUUAAGCAUGAUGUAACGCCGGAGGAACCUUGGGCGACGCUGGUGCAUAACGAUUUCUGGGUAAAUAACAUGAUGUUCAAGUACGAUGAGUCGGGCAAGCCGAUCAAUAUGAAAAUUGUGGACUUUCAAUUGACGGUCUACAACUACGGUGCGACCGAUCUGAUAUUUUUCCUCAUGUCGAGUUCCCGGAAGGAGGUGCUCGACAAUCAUCUCGACGACAUGAUUGACUUUUAUUACGAUUCCUUCAUCGAGAGCCUCAAGUCGCUAAGUGUAGACACAAGCGCAUUUCCCAAGAGCCAAUUUAUGGAGCAAUUGAAUCAAUGCGCCCCCGUCAGAUUUAACCAGUGCAUCAUGAUGGUGCAAGUGAUACAGGCGGCGCGUGGCUCCGUUUCGCAGACGGCGACCGAGACGGCGAACGAAUGCGUUUUCGCAGGUGGAAUCGACGACGACAAUUAUAAACAAAAAAUGUUGCACAUCCUGUCUAUAUUCGAUCAGAAGGGAUGGCUCGUGGAUUGAUUAGACGCGAAAGUCUAUCCGUAACAUUUUCGAAAAGAUCGAUUUCUCGGCAUGAUAACAAUAUUGCUAGGUAGCUUCGUAGGGCCGCGAUAAAAUAGUAUAUAAACAUGUGAUAAAAAAUCCUCGGACAAUAUUGCACAAUAAGACAAUGACAAUACUUCGCAAUAAGACAAUAUUAACAUGUUCCGCGCCGCGUGGGCCACCGGUGACCCACGACUUUCCGCAUUCAGGUCGUCUGAUAUUUUGACUAUAAAUUAUUAAUUAUUUUCAUAUUAAAUGUUAGUAUUUUCAUAUUAAAUGUUAGUAUUAAAUAAAUGUUUCAUAACAAUAUUUGCUCCGUCGUGCAUUGCCUUCUGUACGUCAGACUUGUUUUUUUAUGAUAACUGUUUUCGUUUUGUAAUCAUUACGGGGCACAAUUCAUUUAACAAUUAUAACAUACUGCGUGGGUCACCGGUGACCCACGCGGUGUUCAGGACAAUCAUGUAAAAUUAGCCUGGCGCAGAACGUGUUAUAAAUAAUAUGAUAUAGUGAGGACCAAAGCUAAUGAAAGACAAUUAUUUUAUUGAAUAAUUGUUCGAUUUGAUGAUAGAACCUAAUGCUAACAAUGUGCAACUUAUCUGCCACGACGCUAGAAAUGCGACUGAUAUCUCUAACGAUAUUUUAUUUAUAACGUUUUAAAAAUCACAUUUUUAAUGAUACAACGUAAACAAGUAGCUCUUAAUGUAAAUAGUACACGCGGUGCACGUGAGGCCUGUAAGCCUCAAUUAAUUUUUCUAAAAUGGAAACGUUGUCGACCUUUAUAUUUAUCGCGUUCAAAACUUUGUAUUCUUGAUAAUAGUAAUAAGUUUUAUACGUGUCACUCACGAAACGAAAUACCGGAAUUAAUUUGGACGUUUGUGUAAAUAUUGUAAGUCAUAAAAUAGUGCCUCAGGAUAAUCUAUCCAUGACUAUUAAUAAAUAAAAUUCAGAAUAUGCGCAAUGAAACAGUUGUCAUCUGACUUUAUUCGCGGUUUACUUCAUCACAAAGUAAUUAUCCGUGGAAUUGCAAAUGCAUUUCAAUUCUUGUUGAAGAUAUUUCAGAACGUUAUGCUGGCGCACGUUUCUAGCAUUUCAUGGCACUAAUUCGCGACAACGUUUACAGAUCACGCGCACGGCAUUCGAGAUUAAUAAAAGAAAUGCUGCAUUAUGGUUUAA